CGCAAAACACCCGCGACGCGACGCAGAGAUCCUUCGGCGACAUUGAGGAUCGUCAAACUCACUGGAGUUUGUGAAGUUUCGCGAUGGCGUUGCGAUUAUUUCGGCUGGUUGUGCCCUCGGGUGCAGCAGCUUGUAAAGCAGUAUCGCCUGUGGCGACGGCUCAAAUCCACACAAGUGCUGUCAGAAACCUGCGGUAUGGAUGGUGGGCUUAUGCUCUGGGGGAGAGGACAACCUCCCGCUUCAAGGAAAACAGCAAGAUCAUUUCCAUUGAUGGCAACUUGGCAUGUGGAAAGGGAGCGCUUGCACAAAAAUUGGCCGAUAAACUGGGAAUGCUGUACAUGCCAGAGCCAGACACACACUAUGUGGACAAAAUGACAAAGGAGAAAGUUCCUCUAGAUAAGGCUUUUAAUGGAAACUGCAGUCUGGAGAAGUUUUACUUGGAGCCCAAAGCCAGUGAUGGUAACUCUUACCGCCUGCAGUGUUGGAUGUACCUCAUGAGGCUGCUGCAGUACUCUGAUGCUGUUGAACACCUGCUCUCUACAGGACAGGGAGUUAUUCUGGAACGUUCUCCAUUUAGUGACAUUGUAUUUUUGGAGGCCAUGUUCAAAGAAGGCUUCAUCCGAAAGCAGUGUGUGGAUCACUAUAAUGAGGUUAAGGGCGUCAGUAUCUGUGAGUUUCUGCCCCCUCAUCUGGUCAUCUAUGUGGACGUACCUGCUGAAGAGGUCCAGAAAAAUCUCAAGGCAUCAGGAAAGGUUUGCUAUAUCAAACAAGUUUUCAGUUUUAGUUUUAAAAACUUAUGUCUGAUUUUCAGUGAAGAGGCAGAGGUUCUUGCCUAUAACGCAACCCAAGCCCAGGACAUUGAGAGGGUUGUGGAGGAUAUCGAGUACCUCAAGUUUGAGAAGGGUCCUUGGCUGGAGCAAGAUGACGUCACUUUCCACCAUAUGCGAAUGUUCAUGGAGGACAAGCAAAGAGUAGCCAACAUGACCUGCAUCCCCAGGUAUCUUCCAGAAGUCACAGUCGGUGCUCACGAGUUUGAUGCUGCCUACUAUGCUUUCAAAUCGCUCCCAGGAAAGAAGUACGCUGAAGGUUAUAAUGAAGACGUCGGGGACAAAGGCAUCUGGCUGAAGUGAGAAACGCUGUUGUCGCUGGAGGGAAGGACAUCUGAAAGACCGAUUCCUUGUGGUAUUUCAACCAUUUGUCCAUGUCUUGUGGGAAAAGAUAUAUUCUGCUCUUAUGCAGCUGAAUAUAUCAUUGUACAUUGCUAUUAAAACAUUUAUUGUAUAUGUUAAAAAA